AUGUCGGUCCGAGCUCCAGCAUACACUGCCUGGAGCUUGUUGCAGGCUUGCCGCCAGUUGCGGUUGCCACGUCCUUCGCUCGAUUUGCCCAGCGAGGAGGACGUGGCGCAGAUCAUGCGGGAGGUUGCCGCCGAGCAGCUGAAGGCGUGGCCCGCGGACGUGGACGACGUUGAUUCUCGCUUGAAGCUGCUUUUCGAAGCCACUGCGUCGCAGCGUCUCUCGAGCAUCUCGCAGACCAAACGGCGCAAGGUCCAGGCCCUUGGUGUGCCAGCGGCCAGCCGCGCCAGCCCCACCGCACAGGAGGCGCAGGAAGCACAGGCGACGGGCGAAGCUGCCUUCGGAGAGGAGUUGAUCCUUCAGAACGGCCUCAGGAUUUUCCUCAAGGAGUCCGACUUAUUCGAGGACGAAAUCUUGGUGAAAGGUCGGCGCUGGGGAGGGCUCUCCGAAUUUCAGGAAAGCGGCCUGUUCAGUGGAGGCAUCAGCUGCGAGGCGCAGGUGAACUCCAUGUGCGCCAUGAUGCUGGGCAUCUGCGGGCUGCCAGCGGAAUCUAUGCAGGAGUGCCUCGAAGGAAGGCGUGUGGACCCGAGCCCACCGAGCAUGGAGGCUUACACCACCUCCCUGGAUGCCUCCUCUUCACCGGCGGACUUCGAGGUGCUCUUGACGUUGCUCUCGCUGCUCUUCCUGAAGCCCGUGUCCCCGGGAGCUGGCGCUGCCGGAAGGCUCUCCUUGGUGAAGUUGGGGCUUCUGGCUUGGCGUUUAGCUGAAGAUCGUGAUCCGCAGAGUAAGUUUCGACGCCGAAUGCAAAGCGCCAUCACCAGCAACCAUCCGUACACCUGGCUUCCGAGCCUCUGGCGAAUUCUGCGCUUGAACUUCAAGACCGCAUCUCAGAUCUUCAACGAGCGAGCAUCGAUGCCCCGCGAAUGGACCCUUGUCCUUGUGGGGCGAUUGCCUCCUCGAGACGAGCUUCUACCUCUUCUAGAGACCUACCUUGGCAGCAUCCCAAAUGGUGAGAUUGGUGCAAGCAGCCAGCGCCCUGAGGAUCUCGAGAUGCGGCAGGCCGUAACUCCUUUGGAGAUCCGCUUCCCUGAAGCAUCGGUGUGCGAGGACGUGCACCUGCACAUGGUGGAGCCCAAGGGAAGCACCGUUCUCUGCUUUCCGUUGCAGAUGGUCUCAGUGUCAAAAGCAGGAUCGGCAGAGGCUUGUUCUGAGGAGCUUCGUGAGUUGAUGCGGCUCCAGCUCUUGGUGCGCCUCUUGGAGACACGUCUUGUGGAAGUGCUUCGGUUCCAAAGGGGCCAGGUCUACAGUGUUUCAGUGGGCACGGACAUGUCCUUGGCACCACCGCAGAUGGGUCGGCCGCGUUGCGGUACUUUGAGCAUCAGCUUCGAGUGCGACCCGACGGAGUCGGACGAACUCGUCGCAGCGACGCGAGAGGAGUUGGAGGGCCUGAAAGCUGGCUCCACACACUUCAGCGAGGCAAACGUUGGAGCAGCAUUGGAGCAGGACCGCCGUGAGUUCGAGGAGUUGAUCCAUACUAACGGCUGGUGGGCGGGCACGGUGCUGGACCUCUACUUUUCUCGUUGCUACGUCGCUGAGGGUGAGAUUGGCCAGACCUUGUCCCUUUGGUGGACAGCGCGGCAGGAGGUCCUGCAGUCCUACAACGUGGAUCAGGCCUCCGAGCAGCUUCGGACCGUCCUUGCCACAGCCCGAAGCGUCACUGUAGCCAUGCGGCCAAAGUGA